CGAUCAGUUGUCUCUGCGUAUCGAAGGCGUUCGUAGUUUAAUUUCGCUCUUCACGGUUCUCUGGUUCGAGGUCGACGCGCGUAAUCGCAAAGACGCGUUCUUAUUAAAUAAGCUGUGAAAUUUCUUAUUAAAAUUGGUGGGAAAUAUCCCAGAAGAUGAAAUCAACACGCAAAGUAGUUGGGAUUUUUUUGGCCACCUGCCUGCUGCCUUUCACCGUUCUACAAAAUGUUGCGGCACAAGGAAGUUGUAGGAAUCCCAACCAGAAACAGGGACAAUGUUUGUCCAUAUACGACUGUCAAAGUCUGCUUUCCGUGAUUCAGCAGUCUUAUGUCAGCCCGGAGGACAGAACCUUUCUUCGAAACUCACAGUGCCUCGAUGGAGUAGGUCGCCAGCCAUAUGUUUGCUGUACAAGUGAUCGCAGCUUUGGAUCCCAGGAGGCCACCUCCGCAGCCCCUCCUCCAACGACUACCAGUUCAAGUUCACGAGGUCAAGACGGUCAAGCGGGUCUGGGCAACCUGCUGCCCUCGCCACCCAAGUGCGGGCCCCACUCCUUCAGCAAUAAGGUCUAUAAUGGCAACGACACUGCUAUUGACGAGUUCAACUGGAUGGCACUGCUUGAGUACGUGGAUAACAGGGGACGGCGGGAACUCAGUUGCGGUGGCAGUUUGAUCAACAAUCGUUACGUUCUUACCGCCGCCCAUUGCGUCAUUGGUGCGGUGGAAACGGAAGUAGGUCACCUAACUACCGUUCGGUUGGGGGAAUACGAUACCAGCAAGGACGUGGACUGCAUAGAUGACAUUUGCAACCAGCCCAUCCUACAAUUGGGCAUCGAACAGGCCACUGUACAUCCCCAAUAUGAUCCUGCCAACAAGAACCGCAUUCACGACAUUGCCUUAUUGCGAUUAGAUCGGCCCGUUGUGCUUAAUGAGUAUAUUCAGCCGGUUUGUUUGCCUUUGGUAAGCACACGAAUGGCAAUCAAUACCGGGGAGCUCUUGGUGGUCAGCGGGUGGGGCCGAACCACAACAGCCCGCAAGAGCACCAUAAAGCAGCGAUUGGAUCUGCCGGUGAAUGACCACGAUUACUGCGCACGAAAGUUCGCCACGAGGAAUAUCCACCUGAUCAGUUCCCAGCUCUGUGUUGGCGGGGAAUUCUACCGCGACAGCUGUGAUGGCGACUCCGGCGGACCGCUGAUGCGAAGGGGUUUUGACCAGGCUUGGUACCAGGAGGGCGUGGUCUCCUUUGGCAACCGCUGCGGACUAGAGGGUUGGCCAGGUGUCUACACUCGGGUAGCCGACUACAUGGACUGGAUCGUGGAGACCAUUCGUCCCUGAGCAGCGGAACGAAGGCCGCUUUUGUUCUGAUAAUGUUUUAAUUAAAGUCAAGUCGAGAGUGCUCUUUGGGCUGGGCGCCCAUCCUUUAAUUAACUUGCAUUCAAUGUGAUUUUAUCAGCUGCACUUACCACGCUGCGUAUACUUAAUGCGCUUACAGUCUAGCGCCGUUUGCGGUAAUUAAAAUCGCUGUUCCCCACUGGGAUGGGAUGGUGAGAGUUCAGUGGAAUAACUUUCAAGAUGCGGGCCAACUUGCCCAGAGGCACCUUCUUAGCGCCCCCAGCUAUUUUCUAUGCAAUUUGGCAAUGAAUUUCUAUUAUGGAAGCAGUGCUUUUCAGAGCUUCCGGCGCUCCAUCCGCAAAGUUUUCACUUGUUUGCUGGCUGAUUGCACUGAAGGCGUGGCUAGGCUGGAAAACGAAGUAGACAAUGGCUAGGCUCAUUAAUUGUGUGCACGCGGAAAGGUUAAUGAUGCCUGCAGGAACCGGUUAGCACGGACAAAGGGCUUGGGUUUCUUUACCAAAUUUACAGAGUCCACAUAACAGCUUUUUAAUGCGGAUCCAAAUACAAGCGCAAGAAGUAAACGAGGAUCGCAAAGGAAUUUCAAACAACUU